GUGUUUCUAAUUUUCUGUACUCGAGUUGUCCCAUUUGGAGAAUCUUGUUCAUAUCCAGUAAUGUUGUAUUCUUUUAUUAACUUUUAUACCUUCUUGUAAUUUAUAAUGUUUUAAAUAAAAUAGAUAAAAAAAAUUAUUCUCUAUCCAGUCAGACUGGAGUAACACUAGUUAUUCUACAGGAUCUUACUGUGUAUUCUGAUUGGGAGUUACAUCAGAAAAUUAAUUCUUACUCUAGGCAAUCUGAACUGGGCUACUCUAGCUACUUCAAAAUAUUAGAUCUUACUCUCUACAUUCUGAGUUUUACUUUUUUGGGGGGUUAUCCUAGGUAAUUUACACUAUGUAUGAUAAUUGUACUUGUAUGUACCUGUGCCUAAAUGAACUUGCAUACACUAGUUACUUCAAAAUACUAGAUCUUGCUCCCUCUGCACUCUGAGGGAGUAUCACUUUGUAUCUCUGGGAAACAAUUUAAUAAAAUACAGUAUAGUACAGUACUGUAUACAAUGCAGUAUAUGGGUAGGGUAAGUAAGUUUAUUCAGGUACAGGCACACACAAAUACAGAAAGCCAGUCCUAAAGCUAGCAGGCCAGUGUGUUAUCCAACCUAGGUUUAGAACUGGCUUGCCAUGAGUUCAAACCCCACCCAUUAUGUGAUUCGUUUGCAAUUUUAUAAUUACAGUUUUGUGACUCAUCACAGCGACUUUGAGGGAACCUAAGUUAGAGCAUGACACAGCCAUAUUGAGGUGUGCUGUAAAAACCUGCAUUUGUCUAUAAGAACCUGCAAUUGUGGUCAUGGUUGGGCUUUAGGACGAGCUUGCCAUGAAUUUGAACCCCAUCCAUUCUAUGAUCAGUACAGUAUACGUAUGGGAAAGUCUUUCUGCUCAAGUAUUGUGUCUGCGUUGCACUGAGAGAAUGGAGGAUCGAGCCUCCACCACCCCUUGUGUUAAAUGAUUCACAUGGAUAUAGUACCUCAUGUAAAUGAGAGCUCUUCGUGUAAUUUUAGUGUAAUGAUUUAUAACUAAAUUUAUACAGUGGACCCCCGGUUAACAAUAUUUUUUCAUUCCAGAAGUAUGUUCAGGUGCCAGUACUGACCGAAUUUGUUCUCAUAAGGAAUAUUGUGAAGUAGAUUAGUCCAUUUCAGACCCCCAGACAUACACGUAGAAACGCACUUACGUAAAUACACUUACAUAAUUGGUCGCAUUGGGAGGUGAUCGUUAAGCGGGGGUCCACUGUAUUUGCCAUUAAAUUACAAAAAUUAUGUUUAACUUUCCCUCCAGUGCUUAAGAACAGCAUUGCAGUAAAAUAUAUACAGUACGUACUCUAUUAUGGAAUAGCAAAUAAAUGUAGUGAGUAGAUUCAAUAUUUGUUGGGUAAGUUUACCUAAAUUAUUAUGCACAGCACUUUCAGUGAUAUAAAAUAGUAUACUAUUAAAGAAUUGUGAAGAGAACUGAAGUGGGCAGUCACCAUCAUAAAAAGAAUGGAAAAUUAUGCAAUAAUUAUUCUGAAUUCAAGAAAUUGCUAAUGCCUCUGUACCCCCUGACAUAUCAUAUACAUGUAUACAUAUUAUUUCUUAUUUAUUUGUCUUAUCUGUCUCUGUGAAUAUUUCAGUUAUUUUAUUUACUAUAUAAUUUAGAGUAAAGAACUAAUGAAUUUUUUUCAAAUAGAACGCACAAAAUUUACAAUACAGUUGUUAUAAUAGGUGCAAGUUAUUUGGAAAGCCACUAAUUAUGCAGAGCAUUUAUGACAAGUAUUUAUAAAUCAUUAGCAUCUUCUUAUUGCUAAUUUAAAAGAGAAUAUACUGUACUGUAUGGUUGGCAGUUGAAGGCGCAUAACAUCAUGGAAUGGUUGUGGAGGUGCAGCUGCUGGAGAAGUGAUGUGAAGGACGACGAAGAAGAAGAGAUCUGCAGUACUACUGCUUCAGACACAAGCCUUGAUGUUAAUUCACAGCAGAACUCUGAGACAAUGGGACAGACAGCUAGCCGUAUAUCUAAUUUCUUCACCGCGAACCGCUCACCAACCCCAUACACAGCAACGUUCUCUUCCUCCUCCUCCUCCUCCUCCUCCCUUCUUAUCCCUGUAGAUAGUUCUCCCAAAUACCCUCUUGCAACCCCUCGCAGCCCACUCCGCCGUGGCUUCAGACGUCCAAGCCCACCUGAGACUUCCCUCAAAAGACCUCCCUCAAAGCGCCUCAAGGGGGAUUUCCAAUACUUGGAUUUUCCGGUUUUAAAUGAUGAUGAAACUAUUACUUUUAUUCAAAAUAGCAAGGUGAUGUUGAUUAUGAAGGGUAUACCAGGAUCUGGUAAGACCUUCCUGGCAAAGAAGCUUAGUGAAGUGUAUGAAGGUGCUGUCGUGUGCUCAGCAGAUUCAUUUUUCAUUCACAAUGGAGAGUAUGAGUUUGACAGAGACCAGCUCAAAGACGCCCAUGAAUUUUGCCAACAGAGGGCAAGCCAUGCUGCACAGGAAAACUCUCACGUCAUUAUUAUUGACAACACAAAUGUGCGCAACUGGGAAAUGAAGUUCUAUCUUGACAUAGCAAAGAGACAUCGCUAUAUUCCUUUGGUGCUGGAGCCUCAGACUCCGUGGGCUAUGGACCCUUGUGAACUUGCUCUCAGAAAUUCACACGGUAUUUCUGAAAAAAUUAUUGCUCAGAAGGUUCAUACCUACCAGCCAGUUCAACCAAUAUAUUAUGGGUGGUUCUUAAAUGAAGUGGACUCUCAGAAGAUAUGCUUAAUUGGACAACAGUGGUUGCAGCAAGCUCUCAGUGUUGAUGACUUCUUGCAAGAUUUCUCAGAAAACACUCAACUACUUUCUGUUGAAGAAAUCAUUAAUUUCUUCUCACGAGAUUCUUUUGUUGAUGGAGGCGACAUACUGCAUUCUACAGCCAAGUUUACUGCCAGAGGUAAAGCACAGGGUGCAAUGGAAUAUAUCAGCAGUUCAGUUGUUAAAGGAGCCAUGGGCCAAUGUUUUCAGCUCCACAUUAUUGGCUUUGUAAUCACACCAAGAACAUUAGGAGCGAGAUUAAAAUUAACAGAGGAUCAGUUAGAGCUGUGGGCUAAUAAUGAUAAUGAAGACCCUCCUGCAUAUAUACUUGAGCCAGCAGCACCAAGAAAACACGUUGGAAUGAGCGAUAACCCAGACAGUCAUCCCAGUAUGGACCAGAAUGAUGCAACAACCGAACUUCUUGGAAACAUAUUGAAAGAUGUUGACUGUCGGCCAACUUGUGAAGAGGUAGAUGCUGACCUGAAAGACGACAGGUUUCACCCAGUGUCAGGUAGAGGAAGUCGCGCACACUUUACUCUUGCCUGUGGUCCUGGAAUAAAACCAGUAAAUACAGGCUUUGAUUUAAUCAAUGUUGUAAGAUGUGAACAAAGGACACUUAUUAAAGAAACAUUAAUCGAUUCUCAGUUGUCUGAUCAAAAAGUAGAAACCUACACUAUUCCUGGUGGUGUAUUAAGAACAUAUGGUGAAGGAACGUGGGUUAUAUACCCGGAUAAGGAAAUUAUUGUAAAGUCUAUGUUUUCAGCAUUUUAUUAAGACCAGUGUUUGUGGCACCUGCAAGGUUCAAACUGAAAGCCCAUUUUUUAAGUGAUACAUAUUUGGAUAGUUAAUAGAAAAACUAUUUCUUGCUGGGUAUCUAUUUUAUUUUACACAUGUGUCGCACUUUUCUUAUAUAUUUGUGUGUAGCUCAAGAAAAAUCAAUUUAAAAUUAUCAAGUGCAAUUUUAAUUAUAUUACAGUACUGUAUUUUACUUAUUUCUGUUUUUAAUUCAAGAGUACUGUGAUGCUUUUUCAUAAUAUUUGCAGUUUUCUUUACUUCCCUUUCAUCAGUAUCAUCUUGAGUCAUUAUUUGUCAUAAUUACCACCAUUUUUAUACUAUUUCCUACAUUUCGAGUGAUGAGAAAGAAGACAAAACUAAUUUUAUCCCCUCAAGGGAGGUUCUUUGAUGCCAGUGAGGGGCUCUUAAUCCAAGGAAUUGGACUUGCUCUCCCCUUUCUUGGAUUGAACCUAAAUGCCUCCCAGACACUAUAUGACCCCUAUGGGUUUAGUGCUUCCCCAUAAAUAUAAUAAUAAAAAAAUAAUUUUAUUUCCAAAAAGUGUAGUUACAAAAUUCUGAAAAAUCUCUGCAGAGUAUUUCAGGCAGACUAAAACUAGAGCUUAAAACUUCAACAAUACAUAAUAAUGUAUUGCUGAAUUGUAAUCCUUAUAGAGAAUAAACUUUGAAUUUGAAUUGAAUUGAAGUUGAUUUAAAUGGUAAGUUUAACAUAACUAAGUUGUUUAAAGAUAAGAUUAUUAAAUGUAAUGAUUUUUUAAGAAACAAAACUAUACUGUACAUUUAAAAAGCAAUAUUAAUAUUUGGAGGCAGUAAUUUAAAAUUGCAGUGAGGAACACAGCAGCCUAUACACCUGGGAGUCUGCUGUAAGUCUGGAUUUUUUUUUUUUUUUUUUUUUUUUGAAAUUUGACCAGUUUCCUGGGAUAUUUUGAGGUCAUGUGCACUGGAAAUUAGGAGAAGCUGUGGAGUUAAUAAAAGUAUUAGUCAGAGGGCUGAAGAGGGUUUGUUGAGGUGGUUUAGUCAUUUAGAGAGAAUGGAUCAAAGUAGAAUGACAGAGUGUGUAUAAAUCUGUAGGGGAAGGAAGGCGGGGUAGGGGUCGUCCUCAAAAAGGUUGGAGGGAGGGGUUAAAGGAGGUGUUGUGAGUGAGGGGUUUGGACUUCCAGCAAGCGUGCGUGAGCGUGUUAGAUAGGAGUGAAUGGAGACAAAUGAUAUUUGGGACCUGACGAGCUGGAGUGUGAGCAGGGUAAUAUUUAGUGAAGGGAUUCAGGGAAACCAGUUAUUUUAUAUAACUGGACUUGAGUCCUGGAAAUGGGAAGUACAAUGCCUGCACUUUAAAGGAAGGGUUUGGGAUAUUGGCAGUUUGGAGGGAUAUAUUGCGUAUUUGUAUACAUAUAUAUGUACUUCUAAACUGUUGUAUUCUGAGCACCUCUGCAAAAACAGUGAUUAUGUGUGAGUGAGGUGAAAGUGUUGAAUGAUGAUGAAAGUAUUUUCUUUUUGGGGAUUUUCUUUCUUUUUGGGUCACCCUGCCUCGGUGGGAUACGGCUGACUUGUUGAAAAAAAAAAAUUAGGAUAUGUUCGUAUGUGGGAAUUAAAAUUUCAAACCAUUAGUCUUUUGAGUUUUACAUUUAUUUAAAAUAGUGAGGAAAGGCUGUUAUGCCUGACCCUCAUAAAAAGGUAGGGGAAUGCCAUUCCUGCACAUUGCCAUAGUACUACACCACUGGGAAUCUGAACAAGUAGGUUGUUUUAAAUGCAGUAUACAUGAGGGCUCCAUCUGUACGACUUUUAGGUUCCUGACCCCAUGUGAUAAGCAACAAUUGCAGGUGGCUGGAAAACAGCAGUUUUUUUUUUAUUAUCAAAUGCAUCUAAAAUGCCUGAUAACAUGUUAACACGAUAUCAUAUAUUAAGUGUCAAUACAGCUAGGCAUAAUAAAAAAUAUGAAAAAAAAAUAUAUACAAAAUACAUACAAUAUCGUACCUUAAAAUAUGACGCCAGUAGCCCUUCCCUUAUGCAACUGUUAUGCAAAAAUGGCGGAAAAGUGGUAAAAGCUCUGAACACGGUUCAUUUGAAUGCCAUUAAAACAUGGAACACCAAAAAGAGGGUGCCAAAUAAGCGAGGCCCUCCUGUAUUAGACUUUUAUAUUAGGCCUAUGUAAGUUUACAGGUGUUUAUGUGCCCAUGUUGUAUGAAUGAGUUUUGAUCAAAAUAUAGCCAGUUAAUAUUAUAAAUAGGUAAUUUGCAAAAAAAACAAAAAACAGUAGUAUUAGUAAUAGGAAAAUUAAUUAUAUUUUCAGUACCAAACCAUAUUCUUAAUAAGCGUGCACAACUGAUUUGAAUAAUGUUACCAUGACAUUAUUGUAUCGAAAGUACAGUGGACCCCCGGUUUACGAUAUUAUUUCAUUCCAGAAGUAUGUUCAGGUGCCAGUACUGAACGAAUUUGUUCCCAUAAAGAAUAUUGUGAAUUAGAUUAGUCCAUUUCAGACCCCGAAACAUACACGUACAAACGCACUUACAUAAAUACACUUACAUAAGUGGUGCAUUGGGAGCUGAUCGUAAAGCAGGGGUCCACUGUAAUUGUCCAUCCAAUCAUUUUCUGGCCUUUGUGGCAUUUACUUUCUUUUCUAAAUAAGUGUGAUAUUGCUGCAACAUACAGGAGGGCUUUGCUUAUACAGCAAGUUAGAUUCUGGGCUACCACUGCAAAGUGAAAAUUGCUGUAAACUGAAUAAUACCUUGUUUCACUUUCAACUUCAUAUAAAAACCUGAUAUGUUUACACUAUCAUAUUAAGUGAGCACUAGUGCUAGGCCUAAAAAAUGCAUAUACAAUACACAUUACUUACCUUAAAAUAUUUUCGUUCUUAGCUUAUAGUGAGUGGUGUAUGUAUUUUUUGUAGGAAGUCUGAAUAAAUUAAUAAUUGGUAUAAUUGAAAACUGCUGUAUGAGUGAAAUGCUGUAAAGCGAGGCCUGCCUGUAUCUUUUCUGGAUAUCCAUGGCUCGGUAGGCAAUGCUUUUGCAUCGUACACUGAGUAUCUAUGGUUCAAUCCCCAGCAUGUUUCUUAAACCUGCUAUCCCUGUUCAUGUAGCAGUAAGUAGGUACCUGGGUGUUAGUGGACUGGUGUGGGUCGCAUCCUGGGGGACAAGAUUGAAGGAUCCUAAUGGAAAUAAGACAGUCUUCAAUGACACACUAACUUUCUUGGGUUAUCCUAGGUGGCUAACCCUCCAGGUUAAAAAUCUGAACAGAUCUUAAGUGUAUCAAAUACUAUUUGUUUCCCUAUCUUUCUUGCAAUACUGUUACUUUUACCUUUUCAUAUGCCACCAUUCUUUAAUAAUAAAUUUUUUCAGUAAAAUUAAUAGUGGUCAGUUAUGAGACUUUUUAAGUUUCAUUCUCUUGUUAACUUCAUAAAAGAUCUAGUUACGAGAGGAUUAUAAAUUCAUCUCUUAAUUGGCAUUUGGGAAUUUUAUGUCAUAUGUUUACGACUUGACUCUUAUCACAUUUGUCUCUGACAAUGAUCUCUAUUACCUAAUAAGUAGCAUUGUAUGACCCAUACAGAUUUAAUGCAUUUUUGUGAUGAUAAUUAUAUAAAUACUGUAAUAUCAGAUGAAGUGCUAAACCUGAGAGGGUAGUAGUGUUAAGGUCACAACAAAAUUUGGUGUGAAUACAGUUUGUGGAGAUACAAAGAGUAUUUCAAAUACAUUGUACAUAAUAGUGCAGGGAAAAAUUUUAAGGAUAUAUGAAAAUAUUUCUUGCCAUGGAUAGUUACACAUUAAUAUAUUUCUUUUAAAUCUAAAAACUUCAAAUUUUUUGUUCCUCAUAUAGGUACACCUAUGAAGACUGGUCGCUCCAUGGCCCUUGUCGGUUUAGCGCUUUAUUUGAUAAUAAUAAUAAAUAUUUGAUAAUAAUAAAUAAAUAUGUUGUGUAUCUUUAUAUGUGUAUGCUUCUAAACUGUUGUAUUUUGAGCACCUCUGCAAAAACAGUGAUAAUGUGCGAGUGUGGUGAAAGUGUUGAAUGAUGAUGAAAGUACGUAUUUUCUUUUUGGGGAUUUUCUUUCUUUUUUGGGUCACCCUGCCUCGGUGGGAGACGGCCGACUUGUUGAAAAAAAAAAAAAAAUGAGGGGUUUGGGAUAUUGGCAGUUUGGAGGGAUAUAUUGUACAUCUUUAUACGUAUAUGUUUCUAAACUGUUGUGUUCUGAGCACCUCUGCAAAAACAGUGAUUAUGUAUGAGUGAGGUGAAAGUGUUAAAUGAUGAUGAAAGUAUUUUCUUUUUGGGGAUUUUCUUUCUUUUUGGGUCACCCUGCCUCGGUGGGAGAUGGCCGACUUGUUGAAAAAAAAAAUAUGAAGACUAGUAAAAAAUUUUCCUAAAGUACUGUACCUGCAGAAUGUUACAUAACAGGCUCAAUUGUUUGUUAAGCUAAUAUGUACAGUAAAGUGUUUUUAAUUCUU